CGUUCAGAUGCUAUUCGGAACACUAUCAAUCAUUACAACACUCAGGCUGCUGCUCUGGUCCCACCUAGGCCAAAACUGGCAUGGAAGGAUAUUGUCGAAUAUAGCUUCCUUGGUGAAUUUGAUCUAUUGCGUCACUCACGUACUGACAUUCGAGACGCUGACUGGACCACACCCGCUCAUCAGGAAGCUACAGUUAAAUACUUCAAGCUCCAACAUGCUCGCAAAGAAAUACAGCAUCUGAAUAUAGAAGUCCAUCGUCUGCGCACGGCAAUACAUGAUGAAAAAACCAAGACCAUUGCAAUGAUUGACCAACUCCUCAUCACAAAUUCCCCGCUUGCUGUGGAGUUGAGAAGGAGGUGGCAGGCACGCGCUGCUGUCAAUGCUGUCCAUCUUUACCGACUAGAUCGAAUUGAGUCACAGCCUGCAUUUUCGGGCAGACGUGGUAUUGGUAUCCGAGUGGCAAAUCUGUCAGUGUCGCUGAAUGGUCACCCAGAGGUAACAGUUUCAUCGCCAAAUGCUGGUCUGUGUGGACUUCAUUGA